AUGGUCAAAGGUCUGUACCUACUAAUAUGUGCGUUUCUGCUGAUAUGUCAGUCCUCAGCAAAAAUGCCUAAGGGGAGAAUUGGUACUAUAUCGAAUGCCUCGAAUAUAAAUCAUCAUAAACGCAGCGAAUCUGGCGACUUUAUCACAAUACCGCUGUACAAGCGUGAAGUGGAUUAUAUACGCUUACGAGCACGUCAAGCGCAAACUGGGGUGUCUAACUUGGGAUCUGAUAUGAGGCUGGUGCUGUUCUCUUACUUUGGAAACGUAAACUUUGGCAGUCCUGCACAGACCUUUACUGUGUUGUUCGAUACAGGUUCUAGUGUAGCAUGGAUUCGAUCGAAAAUGUGCGCUUUCUGCACCGGCAAGAGAUACGAUGCUCAACAAUCUCUAACCAGCUUUGCAUCAUCGACUAAGACUGGACCAAUUAGCUACGCCGAUGGUACACAAGUAAACGGGAUCAGCACAAAGGACACUGUGUCCAUUGCGGGGCUAUCUGUAAACCAAUUCUCGUUCGUGGAAGCGACUAACAUGACGAAUUUUCAACCUGAUGAUCCUACGGAUGGCAUCAUGGGAUUUUCGUUACCUAUAGCUUCCACAUCGACUUGGUUUAGUUCAUUGGUAGCUCAGAAACGUGUUGCGGCUCCGAUCUUUAGUUACUGGAUUGAUAAUACUUCGAAUAAUGGACAGCUUAUUCUGGGUGGUGUUGAUCCAACUAAAUACAUUGGAAAUAUCAGUACUCUUCCUGUAUCGACUACUACAGCACCAGCUCAAUUUUGGUCAAAUCUCUUGACCAGCAUAUCAGUAGGCAACAGCACCACUAAAACCAACACCACCAAGGCCAAAACCACCACUAAAAGCAAUAAACUAAACACGCCCACGCCCAUCUCACUGCAGCAACCAAUAACCGUAGUAUUCGACACUGGCACAUCCUUCAUUAUCCUACCAUCAGACAUCGCAACCCAAAUCCACUCCCAAAUCCCAGGCUCCAACCCAUCAAACACACAAGGAGGUGGCUACGCCCUCUGGAGCGUCCCCUGCGACCAAAUAAACAAUCUCCCACCCAUAUCAUUCACAUUCGCCAACCAAGUAACCAUGGUUACAAACGGUAACGAUUACGCAUACACGCUGCCCAAUGACGGAACAUGUAUGAGUGGUAUUGCUGGUGUGAAUCUUGGGAAUGCGAUUGGCGGGUUGAUGGGGAAUGUGUUUUUGAGGUCAUUUUAUACGGUUUGGGAUAUACAGCAAAGGACUGUAGGGUUUGCUGUUGCGAAUAGGACUGCUACGGGGCAGAAUACGAUCAAGGUUUCGACGAGUGCGGGGAGGAAGUUGGGAGUUGGGGGACUGAUGGUUGGGUUGUUGGGAAUUGUGGUUGGAGGUGUUGUGCUAUGA